CCGCGCAUGCGCAGUUCACACGUCUAGCUCAAUGUUGUUGUUGUAGCUUUAGUUAGUUACCUGUUAGCUGUUCACUCACCAUGGAAACGACAGGUCUAACUGUAGCGGUCGGUGUCGUAUGUCUUCUGUUUGCCUCAGUAACGUGCGCAGAAUCGUCGCCGAGGCAAAUGAACACGGAGAACAUCCUGAUUAACGUGACAGCGGGGUCCUUAGAGGAUACGCAGCUCCAGGAGUCCAACAACCUGCAGAUCAAUCUAAACAUCUCGGUGGGCGAGGAGCAGGUGCUGGUCAAUGACAUCCCGGUAGAGCUGUCAGGGGUCACCAGGUUCAACUGUCAAGCUCUUCUCUUAGACAGCAUCAAUGGAAGCAGUGCGUUUGAGUCUGGGGACUUGGUGUCCACUGUCACCCGGGUGAUGGUGAGUCAGAACCGGCUGUACAGCGACUCGGAGGAGGUGGUGGCUCUGCAGGUGUUCAGUGAAGUGAUAGAGAUGGAGGGCAAAGAGGUUCAGCAGCCUGACAUGUGUGAGGUGAAAAUACUGAUGAGCCCAGAUUUCCAGAAGCUGGCUCAGUUUACCAACAUCUACCCCAUCGGACACAGCGAGAUCUUCAGGGUUCCCAGAGAGAACGACGUGGUCGUCACAGAUCCACCGAAUCCUAGAAAAGAUGAAGAACAGCUGAUGUCCCAGACCACCAGCCAGUACCCCCUGAAGCACACAGAGACCACCCAGGAGGAGAUCGCAGCCCCAGGAAAGCUCCCCGAGACUCCGCUUCGCAUGGAUCCCGACCUGCUGUACGAAGACAGAUACGAUAAUGACAUUGAUCUCAGAGAGCUGAGCCAGCCGGAUCAGAUUCAGAUGGAAACUCCGCCCAAAGAAGUCAUAUCAUCCUACUCUGCCAUGUGUCAGUGGGUGGAGGAAGUGAGGGAGCGUCUGAGGCGCUUCAGCUCCGAGUCGCUGCCUCUGUUCUUCCUGGUCAUGUGGGUGGUGGUGAUCGGCGUUGUCGGAUCGGCGGUCAUCGUCAAGAUCUUGGACAUGUUCUUCCCAACCUGCGAACACAAGCACAUUUUCCACCUAAACCCCGUCACUCUGAUGCCGGAGGAUGAGAAGCACACUCUGCUUGAGAGCAUAGAAUUAGAGGCAGAAGAAGAAGAAGAAGAAGAAGAAGAGAAGAAGCCUUGAAUGAGGACUGACUUGGCCCGCUUCUUUUAUUUUUCAGUUUGUUCCUGUUUGUUCUUGAACCUUGGUUACUGUGUUGCUUUUUUCAGCAUGGCCUAGUUUCUAUUCAGAUUUGUGAACCAGCUGGUUUUGUUUUUCACCUCAGCGAACCCUCUAAGCACAUUCACCCUGGAGCAGGAGAUGCUUUAAAGCCAUCAAACUGACUCAACUCAAUUAGUUGGUUUCACUCUAGUCCACCUCAAAUUUAGUCACGUGAUCAAAGUGGAAACGAGAGAAUGAUUGAUGUCAGCUGUGAAGGCACUGAGAGGUGCCAGAUCAGAUUUCACUCUCUCAGGUUGGACUGUUUGUAAGCCAGCAGUGUGCUAACCUGUAAGCUAGCAGUGUGCUAACCUGUAAGCUAGCAGUGUGCUAACCUGUAAGCUAGCAUUGUGCUAACCUGUAAGCUGGCAGUGUGCUAACCUGUAAGCUAACAGUGUGCUAACCUGUAAGCUAACAGUGUUAACCUGUAAGCUAACAGUGUGCUAACCUGUAAGCUAGCAGUGUGCUAACCUGUAAGCUAACAGUGUGCUAACCUGUAAGCUAGCAGUGUGCUAACCUGUAAGCUAACAGUGUGCUAACCUGUAAGCUAGCAGUGUGCUAACCUGUAAGCUAACAGUGUGCUAACCUGUAAGCUAGCAGUGUGCUAACCUGUAAGCUAACAGUGUGCUAACCUGUAAGCUAGCAGUGUGCUAACCUGUAAGCUAACAGUGUGCUAACCUGUAAGCUAGCAGUGUGCUAACCUGUAAGCUAGCAGUGUGCUAACCUGUAAGCUAACAGUGUGCUAACCUGUAAGCUAGCAGUGUGCUAACCUGUAAGCUAGCAGUGUGCUAACCUGUAAGCUAGCAGUGUGCUAACCUGUAAGCUAACAGUGUGCUAACCUGUAAGCUAGCAGUGUGCUAACCUGUAAGCUAGCAGUGUGCUAACCUGUAAGCUAGCAGUGUGCUAACCUGUAAGCUAGCAGUGUGCUAACCUGUAAGCUAGCAGCGUGCUAACCUGUAAGCUAGCAGCGUGUUAACCUGUAAGCUAACAGUGUGCUAAACUGUAAGCUAGCAGUGUGCUAACCUGUAAGCUAGCAGUGUGCUAACCUGUAAGCUAGCAGUGUGCUAACCUGUAAGCUAGCAGCGUGUUAACCUGUGUUUGUGCAGUCAGCUCAAACUCGUUGCUCCUGUGAUUGGCCAGACAGAGUUUAUAGAAAGCCACUUUUAGCAAGUCACUAAUGACUGUAGUUUGUUACUUGCUUUUUAAAGUAACAAGUUACUUUUUCACUAGAAAUUAUCCAAUUGAGUACUUUUGUUUCACCCACUUCCAAAACACACCAUAGCAACGCGGUGUAACCCUCCAAAUUGUAUAUAUAUCGUUGAAGGCUUUGAACUUAAAGGAAUAGUUCUAUAGCAACCAGCAGAGACUCCUGGAAGCCAGUGCUUUCGAUCCUUGCAUCCAACCCUAGGCAAGAAAAGGAAAUGAGCACAUUUCCUAAAAUGUGGAACUAUUCCUUUAAGCCAACAUAGACGAGAGAUCCUCAGAGUGCUUCGAGGACACCGAAGACGAACAGAUAUACCUACUGUAGGUUUAACAAAUGAAUAUGAACAAACUGAACACGUUAGGGGCUGCAUCCAAUGACUUUAUGUUCACUAAAGAGACUUUCUAUAUGUAGCACUUCUGUACAGGUCACACUUUGUUGUCACGCUAUGCGUUCUCUCCAACGUUACACCCCACUGCUGAAUGUGAAGAAAACUAAGGCCGCAAAUAAUGAGUUAAUUCCAUAUAUGAUGUAAAAUGAGGCAGGCAAUGUCUCCUGUCUGUCAUCCUUUAAGGGAAGAUAAAGAAUAAUAAUAACUAAAGCCACUAUAAUUGAAUCUGUUGUUACAGAUAUAGCUCAGACGGAGUAAGGUAAUACUAAAUCUAAAAGAUGCAGAUCACUGUCUGGAAAUUACAAAUCUUGUCUGCACAUUGACUCCCACACUUCUUUAAACUCUGAAUGUCACUACUGAAAGAAACACCUCCCUUUAAGGCCUGCUUUCCACUGUUGAGGCUCAUAUAGUGAUUGUCUUUCUUCACAGUGCCUCGGUGACUAUCUCUAUCGGUGAAGGGGGGGGUUAUAAUAGAUUUUCUUUGAUUGAUUUUGUGUGGUUUCCUGUUACUAAAAAUGGAGAAUGUAAGUGAGCUUGUUCAGAUCGUCUGUGCUGAGCCUGGACUGAUGUCACAUACAGUGUGUGCAUAAGACAUGACCACAAAUUCAAUGUGUAAAUUAUUGUUAAAGGAAAGAAUCUGCACUUAAGUUUUGACUUUUUGAGUGAAAACUGGACUUGACCCUGCAUGGAUGUUUUUUCUUUUUUUUGUGUGGUAAAUCUCAUCAUGAUUUAUGGGCAAGAAUGACUUAAUGAUAAACCAUCCGGGUAUCACUCCCAAUGUUUCACUAGGCUGUGUGUGUGUGUGAGGGGACCAGGCAGGUGUGCACGAGGCCGCUUAUCGGCCCAAAAUGUGGGUUUGAUUAAUCCAAAACUCAGCAAGUGUUUCAACAUGGUUUUUGUGUUCUGUGAUGUUAUGUGAGUAUUAGGGCCAGGAAUAAGGGGAACAAAUGAGAAGGAAGAGUUUUUUUAUUAUUAUUUUGCAUUUCAAGAAUAAAGUCAAAAUGUCAGUAUAUGCGCUAACACUAGUAGUUUGAUUAAUUCUAAAAAAUUUGAUGUUUAUUCUCGACACUCCGUGUUUAGUCAACAUUUCGAUUUUAUUCUCAACAUAUCGCCUUUAUUCUCGAAUGUUAUUUCGAAAUGUAAGUAAGUCAAAAUGUUUUUUCUUAACAUUUCAACUUUAGUUUUGAAAUGGUAUUACAACUUUAUUCUCAACAUUUCGACUAAUCUCAAAAUGGAAAAAACAGGUUCAUAUUUUCUUAUGCUUGGCACUACUUGACAUUUCGACUUUAUUCUCAAAAUGCAAAUUUAAAAAAAAAAAAAUGUUCCCCCUUUUUCUUGGCCCUAAUAGUCUUCCGUAGCUGGUGUACCUCAGAAUACAUGAGGUGAUUUUGUCUCCCCGGGGUUCAGUUAAUCUGCAGAGUGCAUGAUGUACUGCGUUAGCAAAAGGUGCAUGUGUAGUCUAGCUAGUGAAUGCAGUCUGCUGUUCUAUCAGCAAGUUAUACAUUAAAACUAAGAAGCUGCAUGACGACUCAAACCUGUAUCGGGUUCAGCCUCAAAUUCCAAAUUAAGUCGUUACGACAACGUGCUGUAGAGGUCACUUUAUUAGCCUGUAAGGCGAACGAUACGUCGGGCAUGAAUUCAGAUGUGCUGCUGAAGAAUAAAACAACAAAACUAUAUUUUGAUUUGCUCUUUGAUUAAAUGGUGGUAGACCCAUGUGUUACCAUUUUGAGACAUUUGUGUGCAUACAUUGUAUGAAUUACAGCUGGACUGUGUGUUUGGGUCUAAAAUCCUGCUGAUUAAACGCUUUCCUUAUGACCAUCAA